AUGUCGACGUUGACGCCCAAACAAUUUUCCUUCGGUGAGCGGCUGGGCGUCACCUUCUCCGUCCAGUCCUCAAUCCUCUCCGCACUAUCUGUAACGGUCAUUAUGACCUACAUCCUUGUCAAAUGGUCGAGACGAACUUUGAGCAGCAAAAACGAAGCAUCAGUCUCAGACUCCGGUCUCUUCUUAAAUCUCAUGGUUGCGGACCUCAUUCAAGCCCUCGGAAACCUUCCCAGCAUCAGAUGGAUUGCAGACGCCAAAAUCACUGAAGGACACCUUUGCACGGCCCAGGCUGCUCUGAAGCAGGUGGGCAUCAACGGCGUGGCCCUCACGACGAUGGCCAUCGCCCUGCACACCUUCGCCAUCCUAAUCCUACGAUGGCGUACUCCUCAAAACUUUUCAAGAUUCGUCGUCCUAGGCAUCUGGAUAUUCACAGCUCUCGUCGUCGGCAUACCCAAUGCAGUCUUCCGCCACGACGUAUACUACGGAGCCGACCCGGGCUCGUAUUGGUGUUGGAUCGUUAAUAAAUACAAAGCGGAGCAGAUCGUCUCCGAAUAUUUGUGGGUCUGGUCCACGGCGGUGGCCCUCAUAAUCCUGUAUGGCUUCAUGUUUCUGGUCAUACAGGGUUAUGUUAUCAUUGACGACGAUGGACUCCACUGGCAUGGCAAGGCUCGCGCUCAUUUGGAUCUCUCCGGGGGCGACACCGAGGAAGAGAGGGAUAACAAAAAGAUUGCAAGAAUGAUGCUUUUCUACCCAGCAGUAUACGUCGGCUGUGUCCUCCCCAACACCUUCUCCCGAUGGUUCUACUUUAGCGGGUACACAAUCCCCUACCAAUUCACCCUCUUCGCAUCAGCGCUCUACGCGCUCUCCGGCCUCUUCAACCUCCUCCUCUUCUUCCUCACCCGCCCAGCAAUGGUCAUCGGCCCAGCCCAAGUUGAACUCGCCGACUCGCCCUCCUCGCCAAACCAAAACACCACGUACCCAAGUAGUAAAUAUGGACACCUACCUAAUCGGAUCAUCGAGGACCCAGAUCAAAAGGGGAGUUUACCGGAUUUCGACGCGAGGAGCUUGUCGAUUGAUCAUCAGAGUGCGACGCUGAGGUAUUCCCCUGUUCCUGGUGGGCUUGUGCCGAGACCUGGUACGGGGGGCAGUGGGGGUGGGGGUGGGAUGAGACCUGGUACUGGGGGGAGUGGGAGUGGGAUGGGGUACCCGCCGACUUCGAGCGCGUUGAGGAAUGAAGGGUUGAUGCAUGGGAGGUCGAACUCGUUUGAGGAUGAGGAGGAGGAUUAUGGGCGGCUUCCUGGUUAA